CGUUCCCGCAUUCCCUUCCUGCCCCUUCGCAGAGUGAGACAGUUCCUAGAGUGUGGCAAUCUCUAACCUAAGACUCUUCUCCGUUCCUCAGAUUGAACGAUCGCACAUGCCGUCCAAAUGGUGGGAGAAGAUCAAGCUUUCCAAGAACUACCAAGAAGCGCUCGCGCAGAUCGAGAGCCGGCUGCAAUUCUUCCCCAAGUUCCUCAUCCACAAGUGCAAGCAGCGCCUGACGCGGCUCGUCCAGGUGGCGGCGCGGAUGCGCAGGAUAGCGGCCGAGGAGGCGCGGUUGGGCGAGAGGCUGGUGCCCAAGAUGGCGCCAAAGAUCAAGCACCGCGAGGAGGCACGCGAGCGCAAAGCGCUGGCGGCCGCCAAGCUCGAGCGCACCAUUGAGCGGGAGCUGCUCGAGCGCCUGCGGCAGGGCGCGUAUGGCGACAUGCCGCUCAACUGUAACGCCAACAUCUGGAAGAAGGUGUUGAAUGCUCUUGAGGCGGAGGGCGAGGGAGUUCGGGAUAAGGACAUGGACAAGGGGAUCGAGGAGGACGGGGAGGAGGGCGAGUCUGAGGCGGAACUCGAGAAAGAAGCGGAAGAGGAGGACGAGGAGGAAGAGGACGGCGCGGUGGAGUACGUGUCGGACUUUGACGAGAGCGACGACGAAGAGCUGGCCGAUAUCGAGGACUGGCUGGGGAGCGACGAAGACGACGCCGAGGAUGACGAUGAUGAUGGCGACGACGACGACGACGAGGACAGUGAGGAGGACGACGACGAGGAGGAGGUCAAGAAGAAGAAGAAGGCCGGCGACAAGCGGAAGAGAGGCCGCGCGGUCAAGCCUGCGGCGCGGAAACGGAAGGAGAUCGAAGUGGAGAGGGAGACGGAGAGGGCAAAACUACUCGCAUUUUAGAGUGCGCAGGGGCGUUAUGUAUGAUUUUUCGGUCGUCGUCCUCAUGCGAGGGGCGCAGGACUAAGCUGAUACACCUCAAAUGCGAGAUCAAGGUAGGGUUCAGCUGAAGGGCGUACGGUGACUCAAGCGAGUAAUCCUUC